GCAAGAACAGAGUUAAGGCACCAUGGUGAAAAGAGUGGCUGUAAUUGGUGCUGGCUGCAGUGGACUGACAGCUAUCAAAUGUUGCCUGGAAGAAGGUCAUGAACCAAUAUGUUUUGAAAAAAGUAAUGACAUUGGUGGCUUAUGGAGAUAUACAGAAACUGUGGAAGACAAAAGAGCAAGCCUAUAUAGUUCUGUUGUGACAAACACUUCCAAGGAGAUGACAUGUUAUUCCGACUUCCCAAUGCCAGAUGAUUUUCCAGCAUAUCUGCACAAUUCAAAGGUGCUGGAAUACCUCCGGCUUUAUGCUGAUAAUUUCAGACUGUUGAAGUAUAUUCAGUUUGAGACUGAAGUGUGCCAGGUGACAAAGAGAUCAAAUUUUCCCAUGAAUGGACAGUGGGAAGUGCUAACAAAGAAGAAGGGAACUGAGAAUAAAGAGUGUUUUGAUGCAGUCAUGGUCUGCAAUGGACAUCAUUUUGAUCAUUAUUUACCUCUAGAAUCUUUCCCAGGUAUACAAAAAUUUAAAGGCAGAUACAUCCAUAGCCGUUUCUAUAAAAAAUCCGAAAAUUACCAUGGGAAGACUGUUCUAGUGGUGGGAAUUGGAAAUUCAGCUGGAGAUAUCUCUGUGGAAGUUAGUAGCAAAGCAAAACAGGUUUAUCUAAGUACCAGACAUGGCUCUUGGGUAAUAAGUCGUAUUUCUCGGCAUGGAUAUCCAGUAGAUAUGGCCCUAGCAACACGUUACUUUUUCUGGAUCGCAAGUCUUUUACCUGCUAACCUAUUAGCCAAGGUGAAUGAGAGUCAAAUGAGCAGUUGGUUUGAUCAUGGCAAUUAUGGAUUAGAGCCUGCAAACAGGUAA